CUACACUCUUCAAACCCACUAGGCUCAUACUUCUUUAUCUCUACAACUAUCAAAAACCGUUACACAGUCUCUUCUUCCCACGAUCUCAUCUCUACAACCUGUAGACUCUUUCUGUCUUCUGCCCAAACCUGGAGAGCAACCCCAAUCUCUCCGAUCCAAUCCAUCCUACAAGUUGGAAAACCUGCGAACAGACUACACACUCAGAACCCAACUCACCAAACUUCAUCCAUCAGACCGAAACUAUGUCUUCGCACCCAUCGUCCAGCGACAACAUCACCCGCGCUAUCCCCGACAACACCCACGGUGAAAACCACGACGCCUCCACCCACCAGACCAAGAAAGAACAGGAACCCACCAUCCCACACAACCCCGAAGAACAGAACACCGUCCCUCAGGACACCGUGGACGGAGAUGAGACCUCCAAGCUCCCCGAGAGCCACGAUACCACCGCAGACGCUAUGACCCACCCCACCUCGCCCAAGCCAAACAUGACACAAGUCAAUCCGGAUGAGACAGUCCACCCUGUGUCCACCAACCCCGACCCAACUCUCCCCGAGGAGAUCGAGGCCAGCAUCAACGCAGCCCGACGUACAAUGGAGACAUUCGACCGACGCCUCACCCACCUGGAAGCCGGGGUCGAGCAUCUGCAGCAGCAGCUCCAGGACCAAGCGGCGCGGACCCGGCAGCUGGAGGCCGACGUUCAUCGCCUGAUGCGUACUGCAGACAGUCAUCAGAUGAGCAUUCUGCAGAUCUACCGGCGCGUUGAAGAGUGGUACUGGUUCCAGUAGCUCAGAGGCACGUUGGCACCCGGAAGGACCAUCGAACACACCGUUUUGUGUUGGAGAAGGAAGUUGGACAUGGACUCCCGGGCUAGGUUGACUAUUUCUUGUAUUCUU